AUGCUGUCCCAACGAUUUGCGCGGGCCUCGACGGUCCGCGGCGCCGUCCAGGCCGCCCGACGAACCCCGAUUGUCCAGCAACGUACCUUCUUCCCUCCUCAGUUCAACGACCGCAAAGUCCUCGAGGAGAAGUACCCCGAGUACCCGACUCUGUCUGACGCAGAGGACCCCAACAUGAACGGCGGAUACAUCAACCCUCCCUUCAUCAAGAGACAGUUCCGCGAUCCCCACGGCGAUUGGUGGGACAAGCAGGAGCGCCGCAACUUUGGCGAGCCUGUCCACGAAGACCACGACUUGCUCGGCAUGUUCUCCCCUUUCGAGUACACCUGGACCACCACCGGCAAGGGCCUGGCCCAGAUCGGUGCCUUUAUCGUCGUCUUCCUCGGUGUCUGCGGUGUUGUCAAGGCCAGCUACCCCGACAAGGCUUCAUACCCGAGAGAAUUCCCCGACGGACUCGAGAGGGAGUUGGGAGGUGCUAGCGCUCUGCGGGCGAGAAAGGCUGGCGACGCUGACCCAUGA